CUCUCUUUUACAUUGAAAAACUCUUUAUGGUUUGCUCCUUUUUCCUUGUCAAUCAAACAUCAAUAAAAGUUGUCCUAUAUCCCCUCCUUCUUUUCAAUUUACGUUACUUUCCAGUAACACCUCUAAUCUUUGGCACUUAUAUGACCUGUCUGUGUCUCAAUUGCCGUAAAAUUCUUACUAAAACUCUUACUAAAACUAAACGUAAAACACUCUUUGGGUGCAGUAAUGUGAUGUGUUCUAUUUUUGUGCAACAAGGUAUGACGAAGCACCAACGACGUACGGUAGCAAUGUGGUGAAGCUUGCAUCGGAACCUGUGCUGGCAAACCUUAAUAUGAACGGGCCCGCUGAAAGCAUUGUCAACAAGUUCUUCGUAAAGCCAAUGACCUUCAAGAGAGGCUUCAUCUAUGCUGGCUUGGCUAUUCCUGAGGGCGUAGAUGAGUACAAGUUGCUUGUGUACACAGACAGCUGCAGGGUCUGGGACAGGAACCAGAGUGUGUGGACCAAUGAGUCGUGCAAAGUAUCUCCUCUCUCUAUCCCUGGGACUACGGUGUGUGACUGUGUUGACGCCCCAGACUACACGUUUGCGUCUUCCUUCUACAUUCCUCCAAAUCUCAUAGACUUUGACCUAGUUUUCAAGAAGUUCAAUGCUGAGAACGCUGCUGUGUACGGAACUCUUAUCUCGCUGUUCGUUGUUUUUGUUUUUCUGGCUCUGUGGGCUCGACGGAAAGUGAAAGAGGACAUAGAUAGGUGGCAGGUGGGUUACCUUAGCGACAACCUGGCAAUGGACAACUACUAUUACCUUCUGACCGUACACACUGGCCUCUCUCGUGGUUCCGGCACCACUUCAAGGGUCAGUUUUGUUCUCACUGGAGUCAGUGGGGACACCAGUGUGAGGCUUCUCACAGAUGGGAAACAACAACUAUCGACGGGGUCUGUCGUGACCUAUGUCAUGGCAACGCCAUAUGACCUAGGAGAGCUGAACUAUAUCCGAAUCUGGCACGACAACUCUGGCGAUGGUCAAGGCCAGUCUUGGUAUCUCAACAAAAUCUAUGUGGAAGAUCUACAAACCAACACUAGGACUGUGUUCUUUGGUAACCAGUGGCUUGCUAUGGAUCAAGAUGAUGGACGUUUAGACAGGAUUUUACCAGUGAGCUGCAAGGAUGACCUGAUGACCUUCACAAGGCUGUUCUCCGAGCACAGCCGAGUGAACCUGACGGACAGUCAUACGUGGCUGUCUGUGAUCCUGCGUCCAGAAAAGAGCAUGUUCACUCGCGUCCAGCGGCUUGCCACUUGCCUUAUGACGCUGCAUCUGGCCAUGAUCGCCAAUGCUCUUUUCUACAAGGCGGAGGAUGAUGAAGGCGUCUCUGCUAAUUCUCUUGGCACAGAGGUCCAGAUUGGCAAACUCCGCUUCUCUCUAACCACUCUGUACACGUCAGUCGUGAGUGGGCUCAUCACUGUUCCUCCAGUUCUCCUGGUGGUCUGGCUUUUUAAACAGCGUCGCCCGUGGCGCUCCUCAGAGGCCGAUAGGAGCAGAAGGCUUAGCUCACACCAUGGAGGAAACACGGUGAACCAGGAGGGAAACAUUUCAGACAUGAUUGCAUCCCAGAAUAUUCCGGAUUCUUAUGAGGCUGACCUGGUCUCUAGGUUCGAGAAAAACCCCCUGCCGCCCUGGUGCCUCUACGUUGCCUGGACCAUUCUGGCUAUCACAAGCCUCUCCUGCUGUUUUUUCCUCAUCCUCUACUCUAUGCAGUGGGGCAAGGCAGUUUCUGAGGAGUGGCUUGCAUCAUUUGUCUUGUCGUUUCUGGAAAGUGUUUUCGUCUUAGAUCCUGUCAAGGUAGUUCUGCUGACCUGUCUCCUGGCCUUUUGCUUAAGAAAUCCCCAUGACAACAACAACUCUAGAGUGUCGUUGGAAACGGUCUGUUCUGAGGCUCCAAGACACGGGUGCCAGGAUAGAGAUUCGAUCCCUAUUCCCCCCGCACCUGUCCCGGAUGGAGAAGUGGUCAAGAUGCGUAACCUGAAAUUACAAGAACAAGUGGCAGUUGGAGUCCUGGUGGAACUUGUGCUGUAUAUUAUUUUCAUGUUCUGUCUUUUUAGCUUUAGUUACAGCCACAGAGAUGGGAGAUCUUUUCAGUUUCAGGAUCAUGUGCUUGAGAAUUUGUUCAGGAUUCCUAAAAGGAGAGUCAAUUCUAGGGCUAGUGACUACUUGCUGCCAUGGAGCAAGGUGCGCACUCGGCAAGAUGUCUACACGUGGCUCAACACAACCAUGACAACACGGAUGUUUCCUGUGUCUUUUCUCUCCGGAAAGGAACUAUCACUGGAAGAAAGACAGUUUACAGAGGACAUGGCAAACUACCGUGUUGGACCGGUGAGGGUACGGCAAGUCAGAACCCGACCAAUGAUGACGUCCGACCUCCUCGUUGACGAGAUGACGAGCCACCCCAAGAACCUGAUCGGAGACAAACAGUUUUACUGGCCUUACGACAUAUCGUCUGAGGAAACGGGGAGCUACUGCUUGGGUUGGCAGCACAUGCCAUGCUCUUUGGCUGAAGAAUACGCCAAGUCUGUUACGCUGAGUUCUUGGAUUCACAGAUCAACUCUUGAUGAAAAUGCCAUCCCUGUCUUGGGCAAGCUUCAUUUGUACAGUGGAGGGGGCUACAUCAUCGAUCUCGCUGGAUAUCACGAUGUCAUUCCGGAUGUCUUCAUCCGCGAACUCUACCAGAACCGCUGGCUGGACCUGCAGACCAGAGCUGUGUUUGUCGAGUUUUCGCUCUACAACGUUGAUGCUAAUCUGCUGGCUACUGUGAGACUAGUGGUAGAGUUUCCCGUGUAUGGAUCCGGCUUCCCUUGGGUCGAUGUCCGAACUCUGAGGAUCUACCCACAUAUCGGCCCUCUCGGAUCUUACAUACUGAUGUGUUCUAUUGUCCUGGUGAUUACUUUGAUUGUAUUUUUUUUCAAGGUGAUGAGACAAAUAUUUAGAGAGGGCCGUCUGUUCCUGAAGAGCUUCUGGGGCAUGAUGGACCUAAUGAUCGUACUCUGUUGCAUUGCUGCCAUAGUCUUUUACAUCUUGAAAACAGAACGUUCGUCAGCUGUCAUGGGAAGGUUCAAAAAGAAACCGAAGCUCUUCGUGAACUUUUAUGCCCUUGCUAUAUACGACGACAUUUUCGGCUGGAUCCUAGCAUUUGUUGUGUUCUUGAGUACAGUGAGGAUCCUGAGAAUUCUUGGUUACAAUCAGCGUGUCACAACAAUCGCUGCCGUGCUGCAGCGGGCGGGGAAGGACCUCUUCUCUUUCUCCUUCCUCUACCUCUUGAUGAUUGGUGUCUUCGUUAUGUUAGGCUACGUGUUGUUCCACUCAACUGAAGACGAUUUCAUGUCGAUGUGGAACACCUUUGUGACUAUUGUGUAUCUGCUGCUGGGAAAAAACGUCAUCAAAAAUCUAGAACAAGCUCCACCGGUUGUUGUACGGAUAUACUUCAUACUACUAUCGUUCACACUUGUCUUUGUUUUGUUGACCAUGUUUCAGGCCAUUUUGAACGCCAGCGCCACGCAGAUCCGUGUAGAUGUGCAGAAUGCCCCGGUGCCGUACGGGAUCAUCAAUGUCCUGAAAAAAAUGUACGAUGCACUAGUGGUCAACAACCGAUUGCUAACCUUCCUGAGAUGUCCAGUGGGCAAAAGGCAAAAUCAAAGGGCAGCUCCAGAAAAAAACCAUUGGAGGCUUGGAGAAUCAGAGGCGUCAGAUGAUCGCGUUGUCCUCACUAUGAUGCGAGAAUAUCUGCGCAGGCUUAAUGGAGACACAGUGACUGCAAUGGAGGUGUUUCGAAGGACCCGCCAUGGCCAUAGGGUUGACAAGAAGAACAGCAAUAGAGGUCUCAGAGCCUUGACUGGAUGAACUAAACAGAUGGGAAACCAAAUGUGAGGCACUGUGGUGAUAUCAAAUGCUUGUCGAAAUAAUGAAUUCGAAGAAAAUAUUUUUCUGCCAGUUUUGUAAUUUUUAUCGAUAAUUUGUUU